GGCCGCGCGAGUAGGAGCACGCGUCGAGCGCGCGCCCCGUGUUGUGUUUGCAGUGAAUGAACGAAAACUAGUGUCUAACUCUACUGGAUUCGGUCUUUAGCCUGGUGCAGGUGUUCAGUGAGCGGGAGCCAGGAUGGGCUGCGCGCGGGGGUGCUCCGCGGACAAGAUCUUCGUCUUCAUCAACAUAGGAUUCGCGAUGUACGCGGGCGCGCUGCUGUCGACGGCGGCGCGGCUGGCGUGGGACCCGAGCACGUACGCGUGGUUCCGGUUCCUGUGCGCGGCGCAGUACCGCGUCUCCGCCGGCUUCGUGCUGGCGGCCGGCCUGUGGCUCGCCGCGCUCGUGUCGCUGGCCGCCGCCACGCGCGCCCGCCCCGCGCUGCACGCUUACUGCGCCGGCGUCGCCUGCCUCGCCGGAGCCGAGGUGGGUUACGGCGCGUGGAUGGCGGCGUCGCUGGUGCGGUGGUGGCGGACGGCGCCGCAGGCGGAGCUGGCGCGGCGCGGCGCGGACCUGCUGCACGACCUCAAACCCGCGCUGCUCGCCGUCGAGCGCUACCGCGACGUCGCCCGACCGCUCUACGACAUGCUGGAGGAGGUGGAGCGCGAGGCGCCCAACAACGUGAUCGUCAUCAUAGUGUUCGGGCUGGUCGGCGUCGCGCUGCAGAUAGCGGCGUUCGUGUUCGCGCGUCGGCUGGCGCGGCGCGGUGGGGGCGCGGGCGCGGCGCUCGUGCCGGAGCGCGCGGACUGCGGGUGUGCGAGCGAGAAGGCGGGCGUGUGCGACGAGGACAGCGACAGCGACCGCGAGCUGCCUGGCUGGCGCAAGAAGGCCAACCUCCGGAUGUACACCAUCCUCGACAAGAUUUUCUAGCAGGAGGAACCGCCGGCCGGCACGUCGCGCGGGGGCCGCAAGCGCAAACGGCGCGCGGCCCGCACCGCCC